AUGGGUGGCGUCACUGUUCGCGAUGUCGAUGCGCAAAAGUUCAUCAAUGCCUACUCCGCUUUCUUGAAAAGACAAGGCAAACUCCCCAUCCCAGGAUGGGUCGAUACCGUCAAGACCUCCAAUGCCAAAGAGCUCCCUCCCCAGUCCGAAGAUUGGUUCUACGUCCGCGCCGCCUCUGUUGCCCGACACAUCUAUCUCCGCAAGACUGUCGGUGUUGGCCGUUUACGAAAAGUCCACGGAGGCACGAAGAACCGUGGCUCCCGCCCAUCCCACCACGUUGAUGCCAGCGGUUCCGUCGACCGAAGAGUCGUCCAGGCUCUUGAGAAGAUUGGCGUUGUUGAGAUCGAUGAGGAGAAGGGAGGUCGCAGAAUCACACAGACCGGCCAGAGAGAUUUGGACCGCAUCGCCAGAACGACUCUCGAGGAGGAUGAGGAGGAAGACGAUGAGUAG